AUGUCGAAAGUACCUGUACAACGAAAAUCAACUUUUAAAAAAUUUCUCGAUCGAGAUUCAUCUAUUGGUGAUCGAUUGAGUGAUGAUGGAAUUAAUCAACGAAGACCAUGUUAUCAAUUAAUUCAAAAAGAAAAACAACGAAAAUGUUUACCUAUGAAUGAUAUACGAAAAGAUCAAUUAGAUAUUUUACGUGAAAUACUUUUUAAUCAACGUGAUAUAAAUGAAUUAAUAAAAAAACCGAAUAGAUCAGAUAAAAUUAUUUCAAAAAAUAAUUGUAUACGUAAUGGAAAAAAUCAUUUGACCAAAAAUACAAAGCUUACAUCAACAAAAAAUAUACAUUCAUCAGAUACUAUUGAUUUGAAUCAAUCUGACGAAGAUAAUCCAUCUGUUCAUUCUGAUGAUGAAGAAGUAAUAGAAAAUGAACCUGUUCGUGUAAGUCGUUCGAAUAGAAAAGCUAAUCAAGAAUAUCCAAUAAUUCGUUCAUCAAGUCUUUAUUCUCAAUCUCGUCAACAAUUAAAUGGUAUUCGAUCAACAAAUAGUGUUUCAUUUGUAUCAGAUGGAUUAAAACCUGAUGGUCAAUCUAAUAAUACUGAAUCGAAUAUGAAUACAUCAUCAGAUAAAUUAAAAAAAUUACUCGAUCGUCUUUCAUCAGAAUUAAAUGAUUUAGAAUCUUUAACAGGUUUUAAAUCAAAUACAAAUGUUCUAUCAUCACAUACAUGUAGUACAGCACUUGCUACAGCACUUAUUACUCUUACGGGUCAUGUUAAACAAUGUACUCCGAAGUCUAAAGGAAAUCAAGAAAUAAAUCAUCUUAAAGAUCAACUUUCAAUUGUUAUUAAAAGUCAAUUAGAUUUUCAAAAAAAAAUUGAAAAUCAAAUGAUAACAUUACAAACUAUGAUGCAAACAAUAUGUCAACUUGUUAAUAGUGAAAUAAUAUCAAAUAAAAAAUGUGAAGAAAAAUUUCCAUUAAAAAAACUUCAUCGAAGUCAAACAGAUUUUGAUGGAAUUGAAUCACAUCAAAAUUGGUUAAAUAAUGCUCAAAGAUCAUAUUUAAUACCAAAAGAUACAAAUAAUGCAAUGAAUGAUUUGCUUAUGUUGACUAGACGAAUGAAUGAUGCUACACCGCUAGAUACUGAUUUGUAUCAUCAACAUACAAAUAAUUCUUCAAUGAAUCGUCCUUCAGCCUAUAUAGAAACAUUAGACGCAUCAAAAAAACUAAUACGAUCAAUAUCAUCCAUGUCUGCAAAUGAAACGAAUGCUAAUGAAAAUGCAAAACAAAGUCAACAACAUAAAAAUAUUGAUCAAGAAUCACGUUCAUUAAUGAUUAGUCCAAUUGACGUGCCAUUAUCAUAUGAUAUGUUUGAAUCAGGUCUUCCAAUAGGCAAUUCAUCGGCUAGUCAACUUCGAAAUGGAACUAAUGGACUGGAUGGAACUUCAACUACUGUAUCGUCUGCUUCAAUGAAUGAAACAAUCUUAGAAAAAAUUCUUCGUGAACGUCUUCGUCUAGUUCAACAAAUGGCUGAAUUAAAUAAACAACAUGAAAUGACUCAAGAAGAAUUAGCUAAUCUUGAAACAAAAACUAUACAAUCACAAACAAUAGAAAUUAAAAAAUAG